AUGAAGUGUGUUGUUUACGCCUACGCUAAGUUCAAGAUGGCUGCUGGAGACAACAGCGGCAGGCCUCCUUGCCUUAAUUUCUCCGGUCCGGGUCCUUUGGGAAACAGUCAACCCAGCAACAGCGUUUUCUCUAUGCCUGCGUCCAACGGCGGUGCGGUUGGUGCGGCCGGGGGAGUACAGGGGCCACCGCGGCGUCCCAACCCGCAACUGGGGCCUGGAGGAGGAGACAGCAACGGUGUUUCGACCGGGGCUCCGCCGACUGCGCAGAACUCCCUGCAGCAGCCCGCUGCGGCAGGUGCUGCGGCAGCCGGAGCAAUGGCCACCCCGGCGUCCAACAUGGCAACCACCGCAGCGUCAAACGCGAACCCGGCCACAGCACCGACCGCCACUCUGGCAGCGGCGUCCGUGUUGGUUUACAGAGAGCCCGUUUACAACUGGCAGGCGACAAAAAGCACCGUCAAAGAAAGAUUCGCGUUCCUCUUUAACAACGAGGUGCUCAGUGACGUUCAUUUUCUAGUGGGCAAAGGAAUGGGUGUUCAGAGGAUACCUGCACACAGGUUCGUUCUGGCUGUGGGGAGCGCUGUGUUUGAUGCGAUGUUCAACGGCGGCAUGGCGACUACCUCCACGGAAAUCGAGCUCCCAGAUGUGGAACCAGCUGCCUUUCUGGCCCUUCUAAAGUUCUUAUACUCUGAUGAAGUCCAGAUUGGGCCUGAGACGGUGAUGACCACACUCUAUACAGCCAAGAAGUACGCAGUGCCGGCCCUGGAGGCUCACUGUGUGGAGUUCCUCAAAAAGAAUUUGAGAGCAGACAAUGCUUUUAUGCUGCUCACACAGGCACGGCUGUUUGAUGAGCCUCAGCUUGCCAGUCUGUGUCUAGAAAACAUUGACAAGAACACUGGAGACGCUCUUGCAGCUGAAGGCUUCACAGACAUAGAUUUGGACACUCUGGUGGCAGUGUUGGAGAGGGAUACUCUCGGGGUGAGGGAGGUUCGUUUAUUUGGUGCUGCCGUACGUUGGGCGGAGGCAGAAGCUCACAGGCAGCAGCUGCAACCCACACCAGAAAACAAACGCAAAGUCCUGGGAAAGGCUCUCACACUCAUCCGCUUCCCUCUUAUGACUAUAGAGGAGUUUGCUGCAGGUCCAGCUCAGUCCAGUAUUCUGACAGACAGAGAAGUGGUGAGUCUCUUCCUCCACUUCACAGUGAACCCAAAGCCUCGUGUAGAUUUUAUUGACCGGCCUCGCUGCUGCCUCCGCGGGAAGGAAUGCAGCAUCACACGUUUUGGACAGGUGGAGAGCCGCUGGGGCUACAGCGGGACAAGUGACCGCAUACGGUUCUCUGUAAACAGGAGAAUAUUUGUGGUCGGGUUUGGUCUCUAUGGAUCCAUACAUGGACCCACAGACUACCAAGUCAACAUACAGAUAAUUCACACAGACAGUAACACAGUGUUGGGUCAGAAUGAUACAGGAUUCAGCUGUGAUGGGUCAGCCAACACAUUUAGAGUCAUGUUCAAAGAACCAGUGGAGAUACUUCCCAAUGUUAACUACACUGCCUGUGCUACACUUAAGGGUCCAGAUUCUCAUUAUGGGACUAAGGGAAUGAGAAAGGUGACACACGAGUCAUCAUCCACCGGCACAAAGACCUGUUUCACCUUCUGCUACGCAGCAGGAAACAACAAUGGCACUUCCGUAGAGGACGGACAGAUUCCCGAGGUCAUCUUCUACACAUAGUCACCUCUGAAGCAGUUUUGAUCUUCCAUCAAAUGUGACAACCAAACACCAGUGUGGAGCCACCUCAGCCGCCAUACUGGGAACUAGUCUGUCAGACAUCAUACUGUUCUCUCCAUAUAGUGCACUACUGUUGGCCACAUGGGAAGACAACUAGGUCACUACAUGGGCGUAGCUUGUAAUUUGAGACGCUGUCUCUCUCUUUCUCAGCCACUUCCUUUAUCCCUUUGUGUUGUAGUGAUGCCAGCCUCUUAAACAGACACAACUGUAACAGACUCCACAAGGGAAGGAGAGAGGGAUGGAGGAGCUUCUUAGAUUAUUCACAGUAUCGAUGUCACUGCUGUGAAUUGAUGGCAUAAAGCUUGACACUGAAAUCUGCUUAACUUCUCUUCCUCUACUCCACUGCAUUAGUGUAAAGGAGAGUUGCAACUGUAUGAAUGUACAGAUAAACAGAUUUGCCAAGAGAAGAUCCCCCUCACUGUUGCAGACCAGCAUUUCACAGCGUUUCACUCGAUUCCACAUCAGCCGUAACUUCCAUCAACUCAUAGACCUCAUCGGCUUUAUGACCUCUUGGCGAAUUUGAACCAAACUUCAUAUUAAUGUUAAUAUGAUUAUGGUAAGCAAUUUGGAUUUUUUACAUAAAGUACAAUAUGUGAUAUCUUGUGACCUUGCUUGGUAGUUGCCUAUACCCAAGAUAACUUGCACUUCUUGGCCUUGCAUAUGUUCAUUUGUUUGUUCUAUGGAUGCACACUAACUCUUCUAUGUUUCUGUGUGGGUGUGGUGUGUGGGUGGAAGAGAGCUUUCCCUCUUGGUGUGGAAGUUAAAGGGUUGUAUAUUAAAGUGGCAUUUAAUAACAUUAUAUAUGUAACUUUAAAUAACUAUCGAUUAAAGAGCGAAGAAAAUCCAA